UCCUGACGGCCGCGCAUGCGCAGUGCCGGGUCUCCUUCAUCGUGCCCUGUCUCGUCAGAGCUCCUGCUAAGCUAGCCCGCUGUCAGUCUCAGCAGCAUCACGCCCGGGACGCUCGCGGCUCCGCAGACUCCGCCUUGAACUGCCCUCCGCUGCACAGCAUCAUGGCCGUCCCUCCUUCAUACUCAGACCUGGGCAAAGCCGCCAAGGACAUCUUCAGCAAAGGCUACGGGUUCGGUCUGGUGAAGUUGGACCUGAAGACCAAGUCUCAGAGUGGAGUGAUGGAGUUCAACACGUCCGGCUCCAGCAACACGGACACCGGGAAGGCGUCCGGCAGCCUGGAGACCAAGUACAAGAUGAAGGAGGUGGGGCUUAGCGUCACGCAGAAGUGGAACACGGACAACACGCUGGCGACCGAGGUCUCCGUGGAGGACCAGCUAGCUCAAGGACUGAAGGUCGGCCUGGACACGUCGUUCGUGCCGAACACGGGGAAGAAGAGCGGGAAACUGAAGACCGGCUACAAGCGCGACUACGUCAACCUGGGCUGCGACGUGGACUUUGAGGGUCCCAUCAUCCACGCCGCCGCCGUUCUGGGCUACGAAGGCUGGCUGCUCGGCUACCAGAUGGCGUUCGACACGGCCAAAUCCAAACUGUCCCAGAGCAACUUCGCUCUGGGUUACCGCGCCGGCGACUUCCAGCUGCACACCAACGUGAACGACGGCACCGAGUUCGGCGGCUCCAUCUACCAGAAGGUGAACGACGAGCUGGAGACGGCGGUCACUUUGGCGUGGACCGCCGGCAGCAACAACACUCGCUUCGGCGUCGCCGGCAAAUACAAGCUGGACAAAGACGCGUCUCUGUCUGUGAAAGUGAACAAUGCCAGUCUGGUUGGAAUCGGCUACACCCAGAGCCUUCGGUCAGGCGUUAAGGUCACCCUCUCCGCCCUCAUCGACGGGAAGAACUUCAACGCCGGCGGACACAAAGUCGGCAUGGGCUUCGAGCUGGAAGCAUAAGCCCCGCCCCUCCCCUCCACCACCUCCUUCAGCCCCUCCCCCUCUGGUUUCUUCUCACCCCUGGGAUGGGAGGAGCUGAGGCUCGGGCAGCCGGGCCGCGGCGGCGCCCCGACGAGAAAAGCGACACUCUUUAUGUCCCUGUAGGUUCUGGAUGUCGUAGAUGUUUGUCUCAACUUGUAGCUCGUUGCAGAUGUUGAUCCUUAAAGCAUGUCAGAGGAGACCAGCCCGGCCGCCCGCUCAGCGCCGCGCCAUCGUUUUCAUUCCUUCAGUUUUUGGCGGCAGACAGAGUCCUCCACCGCCGGCGGCGGCUCAGGGCGUUCCCACCCCCAGAGUUUUCUGCAGAAACUGGAGGAGGAGCAUUUUUGAAACCACACUCCUGAUAUCAGUGAGAUCAGCGGGGCUCCGCCCCCUCGCCAUCAUGAAUCCUUCCAUCACAGGAAUGUUUUUGUUUGAGCUCAUCGUCAGGAUGGAGGUUCACGUUCUUCUCGUCUAGACACAGUACCUCGUUUUUCCAGCGUAAACUAAGGAAUUCUAAUAAAACGAUGGAAAAACA